UCGGGCCCUGGGGCCGCCUCUCCCUCCAACACCUGCAGCUUGUCAGCGUGGCCCUGUCGAGCAUCGGCGCGGCCGCGAGUUGGCCUGACUGCGCACGUCUCGCAGAAACGUUUCAUCCUGGUGUUUGGCUGCCUGGUUCUCUCGGUGUUCUCCACCAUCCCUGCUCACCAGGAAUUCUCUGCGCACUGCCUGCUCAUCCUGGAAUUUGUGAUGAUUGUAGUAUUUGGACUUGAGUACAUCAUCAGGAUAUGGAGCGCUGGCUGCUGCUGUCGAUACCGAGGCUGGCAGGGCCGCCUCCGCUUUGCCAGGAAACCCUUCUGUGUCAUAGACAUCAUCGUACUUAUCACCUCGGUUGCUGUGGUUUCAGCUGGUAGCCAGGGCAACGUCUUUGCCACCUCUGCACUGCGUAGCCUUCGCUUUCUUCAGAUCCUGCGCAUGGUGCGCAUGGACCGCAGGGGAGGGACCUGGAAGCUGCUGGGAUCUGUAGUUUAUGCACAUAGCAAGGAGCUGGUGACUGCUUGGUACAUCGGGUUCCUGGUGCUUAUCUUCUCCUCUUUCCUGGUCUAUCUUGUGGAAAAAGAGUUCAACAAGGAGUUUGACACGUAUGCUGACGCUCUGUGGUGGGGCACGAUCACCUUAACAACAAUUGGCUACGGCGACAAGACGCCGCAAACCUGGACCGGCCGGUUGCUGUCAGCCGGUUUUGCUCUGCUUGGGAUCUCGUUCUUUGCUCUGCCUGCUGGCAUCCUGGGGUCAGGUUUUGCCCUGAAGGUGCAGGAGCAGCAUCGCCAGAAGCACUUUGAAAAAAGGAGGAAUCCAGCUGCCAGCCUCAUCCAGUGUGUCUGGCGUAGUUAUGCUGCUGAUGAGAACUCGGUUUCUAUUGCUACCUGGACGCCUCAUUUGAAGGCGUUGCAUACCUGCAGCCCCGCCAAGAAAGAGCAGGGCGAGACUGCCUACAGUCAAAAGCUGAGCUUUAAGGAGCGGGUCCGGAUGGCGAGUCCUCGAGGUCAGAGCAUGAAGAGUAGGCAGACAUCCAUCAAUGACCGCCAGCGCUGUUCCCCUGGCAACGAGGUGGUGGGCAGCAGUGAACUAAUGGGCGGGAGCCCCGCCAAAGUGCAGAAAAGCUGGAGCUUCAACGAUCGGACACGCUUUAGACCAUCACUGAGGCUGAAGAGUCAGACCCGCACCGCUGCUCCGGACGUGGACCCAGGCAUGACCACGGACGAUUCCUUCGACGAGAAAGGUUGCCAUUGUGACAUUACUGUGGAGGAUCUUUCAGCGCCGCUAAAAGCGGUCAUCAGAGCUGUCAGGAUAAUGAAAUUUCACGUAGCUAAGAAGAAGUUUAAGGAGACUCUGCGUCCGUAUGACGUGAAGGACGUGAUUGAGCAGUACUCUGCUGGACACCUGGACAUGCUCUGCCGCAUCAAGAGCCUUCAGACGAGACUGGAUACAGUAGUUGGACCCCCUCCAAGGUCAUUAAGAGGUCGUAUCAAGACGUUUUCUUCUUCCUUGCUGCAUUCGUAUUACAGCCAGAAUCAGAGGAAACACUCAGCGUCUGGGGUGGAUCAGAUUCUUGGGAAAGGCCAGAUUCCGGUGGAUAAGAAACCAAGGGACAAAUUGCACCACGAUGGAGACUCUAUGGAGGGCAUGAGCAUGUUGGGACGAGUGUGUAAAGUAGAAAGACAGGUGUCCUCUAUUGAAACAAAGUUGGAUUCGUUGCUUGAUGUUUACCGCCAAGUUCUCCAGAAGGGUCCUUCAGGGCUCUCCCUCUCCUCUUUGCCCCUUUUUGAGCUGGAAAAUCACCAGCACCACAACUUGGACUACCCAUCCUCCCCCCAGAGGGGGGAUGCAGUUAGAGGGCGAGGAGACAACGGUGGCGGCGGUGGGAUACACCGUUCUCAUGGUGCCAACCCAAGAGGCCUGCGGCUCAUUCUGGCACCGGCCGAUGACGAUUGUCCUCCAGAUUCAGCGCCUCCGUCCUACCCCCCUUCCACUGCCUCACUCUCCCCUUCACCUCUGCUACCCCCAGACAGCCCUUACCCAACCCUUGCUACCAAUUCCAAAAAAUCCCACUUUCCUGAUCUGCCGCCUCCGCCAUCGUCGACUGGGAGCUUUACUCUCCAGCUUCCUCCCAUGGCUCACCCCUCACACCUCCGAUGCCCCGCUGACCCAGUCUCGGAUGAUGUGACAGAUGAAGUAGGAGUCGAUGACCAGAGUGUGGGCCCUUCUGUCAUUGUAGGAUGCAGUGCUGAUGGUAGUGCUGACGGGGGCGGCGAGGCAGGGUUCGCACCCGGAAGGGUGCAGCUGCGGAAGAAGUCCGGCUUGAAAUCCAGAGGGGUCUGCAGGAGGCAUUUGAGCCUGGAGGUUAACCCAUUGCUGCUGCUCUCAUCUAACCCAGAGAGGAGGCCUACAGACUGGGCAGGCAGUCUAGGGAAAUCCCUCUCUGUGCAUAAUAUCAACCAGCCUUUAACCAAUCGUGCCCCUGGCCUUUCCGCCGCCCUCAACAACAGCAGCAGUAGCAGCAACGACAGCGAGCGCGGCAACGGCCACAGUGACCUCAGCAACUGGGAUGGGACAGACCUCUUCAUUAGUGAGUGCAAGCUGAAGCCGGCAGCUGACGACUAUGACUUCCUGUCCCAGGGACCGGACAGCAGCCAGUCGGACAUUUUACAGACUGAGGAGGAGGAUGUUCCUCACUCAAAGGGAAACUCGGAGUUCCUCGGUCAAUCCUCACACUUACAGCUGGUGUAAGCACACUGACUGAAAAACAAAACACAAACUGCAAACUGUAUGUACACAUACUGUGGCCAGCGCCACUUUUUAAACAUAUUUAUAUAGGGCACCAUGCACAUCAUGCUCUGAAUUUGACACUUUAUACAUGUACAAACAGUGUUUUCUGUUUUGUGUGACACGAUUAUGCCCAUUUGCAUAUAGAUCACGUUACUACACACUUUUAUGUGGCACCUAAAUGUCUGCAGCCAGUAGGAAGAAAGAACGUACGAGUGUGAACGCAAGUGGCCAUGUUCAUGCUACACAAAAUACGAAAACUAUAUAUGCAGCACUUUGCUAAAUUAUUGAUACUCCUUGAACUUUUUCACAGUUUGCUUCUUUAAAAUCCCAACGUUUGGGUUUUUAUUCAACACACCAACACAAGGUGUAAAAUACUACAUAGUUAUAUAUAUUUUUUGUUCCAAAUUAGUUUUUUGAAGCCUUUAACGUGUGUUCCUCCAGGAUUGUCCUGUAUUUUGCUCUGUCCAUCUUCCUCUCUGAGUUGCUGUAAAAUAGUAUCUACUCCCUUGCAGAUUUGUUCUAGUUUUCCAUUUUGUCUUGGUGUUGGGUUUAAGUGGAGGGUUUUUGAGCAUUAACUUGUUAAAGGUCAUGCCGCGGCAUUUUAGUCUUACUCUGACCAGCUUCUAUGUUCCUGAUGAGAAAAGAAAAUCUCCUCACUGCGAUUCUGCCAACCCCAUGUUCAUAACUCAAUCACAUAAAUUGCUGAAAAAGUACAUUGGCUUUUGUGGUUGUUGCAAGGCAAACUGUGAAAGAGUUCAAGGGGUAUGAAUACAUAUGCUAAGCACUGUAAACAAUCUUUCAGGAGAAAAUGCAGCUUUCCUGGCUCCUUCACUGAGUAUCAUGACUCAAAGCACGAUGUUAAUUUUGACAAAAGAUGCUUCUGUUGGAAGUGCUGGAAACCCCCCCAUAAAUGUUUAUUUUUCUUCUGAGUAGAAUAAGAAUGUAAAUGAUGUAAGUCAACCUAUCUGGCUCUUCACGUGAACAAUUGAGUUUUCUUUCGUUUCAAAGCGACUCUUUAACUUUCUUCUUUCUAUUAGUCAAUCUGGACCUCAACUUAAACCAAAGAAUGUAAUCAAGAUUUGUCCAGCACAAACGCCACAUGCAUCCAUUUUUUGUUAAAAAGAAGAAAGAAAACAUGAAAAAAAAUAUUUUUAAAGAUCAUUUGGCAAGCUGAAGGUGUAAAGAUCACAAAACACCAAAUAUUGUAAGAGGGAGCUACUAGAACAAAAGCUGAGAUACACACUUAUUCUUUGUUCUGUAUAAAUGAUUGUAUUUGAUCUUUCUUGCAAGAUAAGAAAAGCCAUUUUCUGUCUAGUUUGUGUUUGUCUUUAAUGUUGAACCUCUUACUUAGCUUUCCAUACACAAAUCACUUCCUGGACGGUUCUCACAAACCAAUUACUAGAGGCUUAAAUCUGUGGGAAUGGGAAACGACAAAUAAUCAAUGCAAAAAAUAAAAAGCAACAAACCGCAAACUGCAUGUGUUGAGGCCACAGAGGAGUUAAUCACAUGAUGAUCUAAAGCAUUUUUUGAAGUCUGCAAUUGGGUAAAGGUUUGACCCUUCCCUCUGAUUUUGCACAAUAGUUUGGUAAAUUAAAUGGUAAUGAUUUGAAUGCGGAUUUAGCAAAGAUUACUAAAGUGGACCUUCUCGAUCAUGCAUGAGAUGCUGCAUGUGUGGAACUGCUGAUGUCAAUGUCAAACAUGCAAACAUAUUCUGCCUUCUUGAACCUUGUUUUACUUUUAAUUUGUAAUAUUUUGGUAGGGUAUAUUUGUUUUAUGAGUUAAUAAAAUAGCCACCUACUAUGUCAACGCAACGCAUGCAACACUUCACUGGAAUCUGAUGUUUCCCUUUCCUGUAUAAGUCAAAAUUAAAAGCUCCUGCACUGAUUAAAUACCCCUUUUGAACAAUUCGAAUUGAAAGGAGGGUGUUAUUGAGCAGGAUGUGCAGUUUUUGAUUUAGCAUGCACAUUUUCUUGCUUUAUUCAGAUAUCCUGAUUAU